AUGAUCUCGGACAAUGCUCCAACAGUAAGUGCUUCUAACAGUAAUACAUUGAGAAAUUUUACAAUUGCGUGAAAAGUGGAAAAAUUUUCUUCAAGAAAUUAAACAUUCAAAGACAUGAGCUAUCUCUAACAUCUCUUUGGCAUGGAUUUGCAUUUGGUAGAUACUGUACUUGAAAAGUAUGAUAUUUCAACUUUGCUAAAAUUGUCAAGUAAAUACUACUAAGAAGGAAAUAAAUUUCCGAUACACUUUAACAAUUGCGUUAACAAACAGAAAAAAAAAAAAGAAAAGAAACAAACCGUGGUAUGCAGAGCUUAUGAUUCAAUGCUUUUAAUUAAUAGUCAUAUUUAAGCAUGUUAAUAGAUAAUACGACACAUAAGUUGCAUGAAUAGUAGUAAAUCAUGCUUCUACGAUGAACUGAAAUUUUCUGGUGUGAAAUUUUCAGCUGUUCCUCUCUUUCCUUCUCUGUUUUUGUCAUCUUUCAUCUUCGCUUCUGUUUCGUAUGUUCUUUUUUCCCCCCAUUUUCCGUUAAUUCUGCAAAAUUUCAGUUGCAUAUCAGGCCCAACAUAUCUAUCGAUCUGUUACCCCGUUCAAAAUAAAUCAGUUUAUUUAUAUAAAGCGGAAACGAAUCACUAUUUUAGAAUACGUAUUCUCAAUGUUCGCAUAGUCGUCCCUUCAUCUGGCCAACGACUUACAUUAGCUCGGCAUAUUAGCACAAAUACAUUACUUCUCAUAGAACUUCUAUGUACGAUAGCUGCGAUAUAUAAUUAGAGAAGAAGCGAGACAUCAUACGUAAUAUAUACAUAUAUAUUUAAAAUUAACAUACAUAUCAAAUGAUAAAUCUUAAUAAUUCGCUUAGAUCAGAGGUAUAUCACAAAGGAAUCUGUUUAUCGUAGAAUAAAAAUUCAUUUGGACUUUUCAGGGUACCAACCUCUCGAAACGAACGCUACGGCCGAUCGUUUGAAAACGUAUAGAAAUACGAAGAUACGAACCAAGCAUCUUUAAAGUUUGCGUUCGAUGUUAAUUUAUGUCACUUUAAUUUCUAGGGGAAGGGGAAGGGGAAGGGGAAGGGAAGCACGAUCAAUCGUGGUAGUAAUGUGCCAGGAGGUAUGCAAGGCCUUGGUCAGCAUAUGCAGCAACAGGACUAUCAGCAACAGGACUAUCAGCAACAGAAUCAACCGUAUCCGCAGCAACAGCCGAAUCUGCAGCAAGAGCCGAAUCUGCAGCAAGAGCCGAAUCUGCAGCAACAGAAUCAAGGAUACCAGCAGCAGGGGGCAGAUUUCGGCCCUCAGGGCCAGCAAUUCCAGCAGCAACAGCCUCAGCAACCGCAACAGCAACAGCAGAAUCAGCCGUACGGGCAGCAGAACCAAGGUUCCUCUAUGCAAGGCAGUCAGGGCACGAGAAAGCCAAUGAGAGGGAUACCAACAGUAUUGCCAACAUUUCUGGCGAAGGCGCCGCCGAACACGCAGCAAGGUCAACAACAGCAACAACAGCAGCAACAGCAGCAGAGUACAGGGCCGAAUCUGAUGCAAAAAUUCACGGAGAUGGCCGGUGCGAGCGCUGGCGGCGACAUCCUGUCGAAAGGGAAAGAACUGAUUUUUAUGAAAUUCGGACUAGGCAAGUGA